GCGGGCCCUCGUCCCUAUUUGUCGCCGCACGCUAUCCAAAACACUGGGGUAUAGAAAUUGUACUUUUCAUGUUAUACUUGGAUUGAUCCUGCAUGUCGAAUAGAUUAAUAUGGAGGUUAUGAUUUUUAGGUUUUAUCCUGUAUUCACACAGCAGUAGAUUGAAGACUUCAAGUUGCAUUUGGUUGGUGCUUCUAAGAAUGCUUAAUUAUCCACCGCCAAUGGCUCUUAUUCGCCUAUUUUUUGACUGUCUAUGGCUGCCACUCCCUAUUUCCUCCAUAUCAAGUUUAGUUGGUGUUCCUGCUCUUCUCCAGAUAUUUUUCACUUAAAACAAUACUAUACAAUUGAAAUUGGAUUUCAUCAUCUAUUUCUUUUGCUUUCAACAAGAUAUCUAGGUACAAUGCUCCUCUAGAUACUCGACUAGUCAUAAUCAUGUACACAUGCUUUUAUUAUGGAAUUCAGAUUAAGGAGAUCGGCGAGAGUAAUAAACCUUCAGAUUCAAUCAAGGGAUCUGAGCAAGCUGCUGAGAAAAAGAAAAGCUUUGUUGAUUUGAUGAAGUUGAUGAGGCCACUCAAUGAAGAGAAAGAUUUCUGGGUUCCUGAUGAAGCAGUUCGCAAGUGCACUGGUUGCGGGACAGAUUUUAGUGCUUUCAAUAGAAAGCACCACUGCAGGAAUUGUGGGGAUAUUUUCUGUGACAAGUGCACGCAAGGUAGAGUUGCUCUCACUGCCGAUGAAGAUGCACUGCCAGUUCGAGUUUGUGACCGAUGCAUGGCAGAGGUAACUCAGAGACUCAGCAAUUCAAAGGAAGCAAUGGCGAAAGUUGCUCCAUUACGAAGUCAUGAGGACCUUACAAGAAAACUCAAGGAGGAGAUGGACAAGAAGCGCAAGACCUCAGGAGGACUUAGUUCUCAAGGAUCUAGGGGGAUGAGAGAAGUGGAAUGUCCAACUUGCACGGUCCAUUUGCAGGUUGAAGUGGCAGCUUCUGGAUCAGAAACGAUUGAGUGCAGCGUCUGCCAGCAUCCAUUCCUUGUUAAUGCUCAUUGAUCUGCAGAGUUUCCUUUGAUAAUAUUUCUGUACUAAAAGCCAUUUUGAUUGUCCUUUAACUUAUACCCACAGUUCUCAAAGAGUAUCACGGUCUUUUCUGAGUGAUACUGGUAUUAUGCUCUUUUUCCAUAAUGUAGAUAUAUGUACAUUGUGGAGGUGGUUGUUAUUGUGAGAACUCAAUUUAUAGAAGUGCAAAAUUUCUUCCAAAAAA